UGGUGGUGCAGGAAAUAAAGAUAACUUAUGUGUUAGAUAUACAUUCAAUGGAAAAAUAACGUUUCAAAAUACUUUAUGUAAAAAUUGAAUUCAACUUGAAGUGGUCGACAGAAGUGUCGCAAAUGGAGUUACACUAAAAUAUUUGGAAAUAUUUUAUUUGUCCGUUGAUUUGCUCGGAUAGCAGAUAUAUUGCUAAGUUUAAAAUGAAUUUGCUCACAACAUCAACACCCGUGUUUCGCGAGAAGAUGAUUUUGCGGCAGAUACUACUCCUAUUUAUUGCGAUGAGCUUUAUGAUAGGAAAAAAUUCCGGGUUGGCCAGUGCUGAAUCUAAUAUAUGCGGUUCUGAUGUAAGCAAUCUUGAAACAAAAACAUUUAUGUUUAAUUUAACAAGAGAAGUUAAAUUUUAUCUUCCAACACCAUCAGAAAAUGGAACAUCUAUUGAAUAUGUCUUCGAGACUGCAGAUCCCGACAAAUUUUUGACAUUGAAAUUUACAAAGUUCCAGCUUGGGGGUCCGGACUGCGACGAAAAUUCUGAAAGAUAUUCGAAAGUUAUGGUGGAAUCUAGACUGAACCAAGUGGUUACUAGACCGCUGUUAUUUUGCAAAGGAAGGCGUACUCCGGACCCUGCUUCAUCGAUGGGAAAACUCAGAUUUGGAUACUGUGACAGAUAUACUUCUGGAUCUGUUGAAUUUAUCGUAACUGCAGACUGUAACGCAGAUCUGCUGGCUCGCAAGAAUGAAAAAGAAGUUACCGUGAAGAAGAACAAUGAGGUUUGCUCGAUAACAUUGACAUCGCUGGUUGAGGGAAUAACAGCAGAGAUUUCAGAUCUUGAAAUGAAACGAUCUCGUACCAUCAGAUGCAAAACAGGAUACGUCAUUAUAAAAAGUGUGAAUAUUUACGGUGAAGAACUCUCGUUGCUGCCGGAAAAAAGGGAUAAACUGUGUAAAGUAGGUGAUAACGAUUUGGAUAACUUUCGUCAUUUCAAAGUACAUACUGAUCUGCACAAAAUCAAGAUAGAAUUCAAAAAGGCCGAAUUUAAGAUUAAAUUCAAGUCAGAAAAUUACGAACUCACCACUGAAGCCAAGAUGGAUUCUAUUACAACAAGCACUUACCUUCACGGGGCGACUGGAAAUAAUUCCGUCGAAAAUUAUAUGAACAACAAUGAAGACGACGAGACUGGCGACUACACCCAUAUAAUAGCGCUUGGUUGCGGCGGAAUCUUUGUUCUCAUUGUUAUUAUACUGACUCUCAUUUUUGUCCGAAGGAAGUCUGGAAAUUCAAAAUGUAAAAGAAGAAAAUCAAAGGGAAGCCGCUCUACAAGGGUUUCUUCAGUAAAGUAUUCACAGACUACGACCGGAGUUACAGGAAUUAUGAGAAAUCCUAGCAUUGAAUCUGUCAACAAUGCAAUGUAUGGGCAACUUGUUGGCGUUGAUGACACAGCGACAAGAAAAACAAAAAAAGGACACAAGAUUAGCAGGAAAUCCAGCAGGCAACGACGACAGAAUGAUGAGGAAGAUUUGAGACGAAGGCGACUAGCAGAACUUGACGAUAAAUAUGGACCAUUUUUGGAAACUUCCGUCAACUACCCCGAAUCUCACUACGUUGAAAAUAAAUCUUUUAGCGUUGUCGGAACAACAUUAGAACUUCCAGCAGAAGGUGGUUUGUUUCGAAAGGGUACUCGUCCUUUGUUACCGGUUCCUGCAACUAUGUCAACGUUUGGAGCGUCUUGCGCCGGGAACAAUGCACAGGACAAGUGUGCAACCGGCAAUUUAUACGAAACAAUUGGAGGGGCAGCAGCACGAGCUUCAUACAUAACAGUUACAUCAGACGAGUUUUCCGACUGUGAUGAUCUUUCCGGUGCGCAGUACAAUUCCAUCUUACAGUCAGCAUGUAUUGAUUACCUUCCAACAGUUUCAUAUGACCCUGUGGAGGGAGAUGAAGAAAUAAUACAAACAGUGCAAUAUACAACCAAUAAUAACUCUACUAACGGGGAUAGGGUGCAAUCUGUAAAAUAUAAGGAUAUUAUACCACAGGAAAAGCCGACCAUCGAUAUUUCUUAUGCCCCUGAAUCACCUCCUCCAAUUUCUAUAUCAAAUCAACAAACACGUCAUUGUAAAAUGAACAUACCAGCAAGGUUACAUGGCUCAGGAGGCGUAGCCCAAGAAAUGGAACAUAUAAAUAUCCAGUAUUUAGCACCUCGCCCGUCCCUCCCCGUAGUUAUGCCGAGUAACCGAUACCUUGCUUUUAAUCAGAACGGAAGUGGUAGCUUAGAUUCAUUAUUGCAAGAGGAUGCAGAAAAAUAUUUAACGCCUCGUCCGUCAUGUCCCGAUGCAAUGGUGGUUGCAUAUUCCUCCACAGAAGAUAUUUCUGAUAUGCGCUCACGUCUUUUAGCCGCAGCGCAUCCAUCCUUGUUAGAAAACAAUGAAGAUCGCGAUUCUGAAACUUUUAAUUCUUCUGCGAACAAACCAUGGUACGAUUCUCCUAGGCCUUCUCAGGGAGAAAUAGAAGCGACGAAUUGUUCAAGAGUACAAUACUCUACUCCACGUCGAAACAAUAUCCCGCCUGAUUCGAGUUUAUAGAUCAUGUAAUAAUUUCUGUACAAGUUUGUAUUGUGUUACUUUUCACUUUUGUGUUGGUGUGUGCUUUAUAGCGUGUUGGUAUUUUCAACAUGUAAUAUUUGUGACCACAUUGAAAAUUCUUUUUAAAUAUUUAAUUACCAAAUCUUCAGAAUACGUACAGCCUAACUUAUAAGAUAAUCCAUGAUUAGACUUGCAACUAAAGUGAGUUCUCAUUUAUCCGGGCCAAACAUGUUAUACCCACGGCUGUACACACGUACGUCCGGAAUCAGUUCCUACCACCAAAGUUGAUUUUUUUGUAGAAUAUCUUCCUGAGCGUGGUAUGGAUGUUUCUCGAUCCUUGACCCCAGAGAUACUGGAUUGCAUGUUUCAACCCAUCUUUUUUUUCAAUAAAACCAUUUUCCACGUGCCUGUUACAGGUACUGAUAGCUCAUUUUAGUCCAUAUUUUUCUGUCCCACCUCAUAGUAAUCCAUGCUCAUCCUAAUCCAUGGGAUUUCAGUUUGAAUACAAUUCAAUAAAAAUUACCAAGUUUAUGAAAAUUUAUAUUUUGUUUCGAGUAAAUAGGACUACAUGUACAAAAAGACAUUCAAAACGAUAAAAUUUAUUGACUUUGUUAACUUUAUAGUUCAGAAGUAUUGUCUGACGAUGACUAUUCAGUAUCAUUCCUGCACCUUUAUUCCAUCUCUGAGUCACUCUGCACAUUCAGUAAAUUAUCAAUUUCCUGCUCAUCGACUGUUUCUAAUAUUUCCGUUAACCCGGGUACUUCCUGAACCAUUUCCUUAAAACCUAAUAACCCCCGGUGUUCCUGGGUCAUUUUGAUACCCCUCCAUAAUUUUUUUUAAUAUUUCACCAACCAAAAAUGCCAAAAACAUCAUUGAUGAGUCCUUAAAAAGCUUAUUUUCGUCGCUUUCCACUAAAACGCGCCCAAAUUACGUGGUGCAAAUGUGUACGGCCGUACGCCGGUAAGAAGAGAGAAAUUUCAAAAAACAUUUCGAGAAAAAGUUUCUCACUUUUAACGCUGUGGUCGACACGUGAUUGAUAUGCGAGAGAAAGA